UGUAGGGUUACCAAAACAUUAUCGCUUUCUGAACUAACUUGAAGUGGUCAGAAAUGUGUGGGUAUGGAAAGUUGCAGGUGGACAUUGAAAUCAAAUCUCCGGCUUCAAAGUUUCAUGAAAUGUUGUGUAAGAGACCAUACCAUGUCAGUAACGCCUCCAGGGACAAAGUACAAGGCUGUGAACUACAUAAGGGCGAAUGGGGCCAAGCUGGUUCUAUCAUCUGCUGGAACUACUUUCAUGAUGGAAAGGCUAAAGUAGCUAAGCAAUUAGUUGAAGCCGUGGAUGCGGAUGAGAAUCUGGUUGUUUUCAGAAUGAUUGAAGGAGACCUUCUGAAGGAUCAUAAGAACUUCAAGUUUACAAUCCAAGCCACUCCCAAGGGUAGGGGAAGUGUGGUUCAUUGGAGUUUGGAAUAUGAGAAACUUCAUAAAGACAUUCCGGAAUCAUAUAGUAUGCUUGAGUUUGUUGUGGAGAUGUCCAAAGACAUUGAUGCCCAUCUCAUGGAAGGAAAGUAGGGACCGCGAGCCCAACAUUUCCUUACUAUCAACUAUGCAAUACUACUAUAUGCUAUGUACCAACUAUAUGGUUAAAUAAAUGCUUCUAUCCCAUGCGCCACUCUAA